AUGAUCCAUUGGCAAGACCCCGAUGUUGUACUACUUGUCGCCUUCAUUUUCAGCCAAAUGCUGGUAUAUACGCUCGGUCUCUACGGCUGGCAGCUUCUCCGAACCUUCCACUACGUCGAAUGGCCGCUACUUACGCGUAAAAUGAAUUUCAAGCUAGUAUAUAACUCAAGAUGGGCACUGUGGACGCACAAACACUGGGUUCAAUAUACUCUCUUGGUGCUCUGCAUUGCCCACAUCAUCAUUUGUUUCAUCGUCGGUGUUAUGAAUGUCAAGCCGACUGUAGAUAAUGACACGUUGUGCGGUGCAGUGACUUCGAAUAGCCAUCAUGAAGUUGCCAUAUUCGUGGCCUAUACUAUCUUCUUUGACUUCGUCAUCCUAUGUUCAACGCUCUUUGGCUUAAGAUCAAAACCCCGCCUGGGUAACAAACGAUUAUGGGCCAUCAUACACAGGCAGGGCAUUUUGUAUUUAGUCAUGACUGUCGUCGUCAACGUUCCCUCCUUAGUGUUUGCCCAUGCUGCGCUAAAUCCUAUCAUGGAUGUGUUCUUUACAAUCCCAGCCUUUAUAUCUCUCAUGAGCCUGAAGGAAGACAACUUCGGCGAGAGGCAGGAGGAACGUCAAGAGCUGACCGACAUGAGUUCUACGGGCAAACGUAACGGACAGUUCACAACGAAUGUGGAGAUCACACCCUCUCUCUUCCUUAAUUCGGGCAAUAUACCCAUGAGCAUGUUGAGGGACUUCUUCGACGAGUCUCUUCAGUCAACGUCUCAGUUUAUAGAAGACGGCGAGUACAAUUCACACUACGGCCCUCCAUCCAGACCUCCUGGCGACCUUGGUCCUCCACCUGCUGAUCACGAGAUGCGGUCGGACGACAUCACCAACAAUAUUAGGCAACAGAGUUGGAUACCGCAGGAGUUUGACAUAGUGAACAUCUCAUAUUGGGAAUGA